GGUAUAUGUAUACACAACAAUGAACUGAAAGUGGAUCAGAGACUUCAAGGGAAGGGCUAAACUAUAAAACUCUUAGGAGGAAAUAUGGGAGCAAAUCUUCAUGAUCUUGGAUUAGGCAAUGGUUUCUUAGAUACGACACCCAAAGUACAAGCGAUGAAAGAGAAGCUCAACAGUUUGGACUUUAUAAAAUUUAAAAACAGUUGUAUUGCCCUGACUGACAUGGCUCAUGGGGAGAGGCAGAGGGGCAAGGCAGGUCAAGGUCUGGCGCUGGAUGGUGGAGGUCAUCUCCUGGGCCACCUAGCCAUCCUCAUGGUCAAGCAAGCACCGUUUGGCAGGAAGGUGGUGGUUGUGUGCUGAGUGGGCAUCAAUAUUUCUGGCAAUUUCUACAGAAGUAAGUUGAAGUACCUGGCCUUCCUCCUAAAGCGGAUGAACACCAACUCAAUCCGGGGUCCUUACCACCUCCGAGCCCCCAGCAGCAUCUUUUGGCCAAGGGUGCAGGGAGACACCCUGCCCAGCAAGUUCAAGCGAGGUCAGGAUGCCUUGGGCCACUCCAAGGUGUUUGAGGGGAUCCUCCCGCAUUAUGACAAGAAAAAGCAAAUGGUUGUUCCUGGGGCCUUGAAGGUUGUGUGUCUAAAGCCUACAUGGAAGUUUGCCUCCCCAGGGCACCUGGCUCGUGAGGUUGGCAGGAAGUGCUGGGCAGUCGCGGUCACUCAGGAGGAGAAGAGGAAGGAGAAGGCCAAGAUUCAUUGCCGGAGGAAAAAGCAGCUCCUGAGGUGGCAGGAACAGGCCGAAAAGAACGUGGAGAAAAAAACCAGCAGAUAUACAGAGGUCCUGAAGACUCAUGGACUCCUAGUCUGAGUGCAAUAAAAUUGACUGUUAAUU